CUCCCCAAGUUUUCAUGCGAAGAAACGAAUUUCCACUGGCUUUCAGCUAACCUCACCGAUUCUCCCAUGUUGGGCACUAGAUAUAUCGUUCUGGCCGCCGUGGUCAUCUUGCUUCAUGGAAGCUGCAUGACUGCGGUUGGAAUUAUUUCUUCUCGUGCCAAUUGCGUUGUUUCUAACAUGAAGUAACAUAGCGAAUGCUUGCAGGCGUACGACGAGGAUAUCAUGAAAUCUCCCAACUUGAACAAAUACAUAGCUAACGCACAACGAUCAGCUGAGCUAAGGGUAAGCACCCCUUGUUCCGGCGAAUUUCUCUUACCUGAACAAUUUCACCUCAUCCCUUCCGCAGGAGCGCUUACUAUAUCGUCUCCCGGCUGAAGUGAACGUCAGGAAAUGUGGGGAACGUUUCCGUCGCCUCGUUCAUAGACUACGUGAGUGAUCGUUCUUUUCCAUCCUGUCUAUUGCAACAAUUGCUCUAACGUGUCAUUUCAGCUCCCUACAAGCCGACUGGUUCAUACCUUGUCACCGUUUGCAAUGGCGGCCUCAACCAACAACGAGGAGCAAUUGUCAAUGCCGUUAUCCUCGCACGGUUUUUGAACCUGACGCUUGUUGUUCCGUUUCUUAAAGCCCACCCUGUCUGGGGAGAUAGCAGGUAUAUUUUAUGCGAAGUUUUCCAAAGUGAUGUCUCGACUGUCCACAUGCUAAUGACUGUUGAAAAAACAGCUCGUUUCAAGACCUCUUCAAUGUGACCCAUUUCAAGGCGGUGUUGAAAGGCUUUGUUAAAGUGGUCGCAUCCAUUCCUGAAGAAGGAAAGCAUCUUCCAAUUCACGAAUUUAGGCCUCCUGAAGAUGCCCUGGCAACGUUGGAUUGGUACGAUUUCCUCUUAUUUUAUGCCAUGCAUCCAGCGGUCUGUGUUAACUCUGAUAAGCACACACAGGUACGUGGAGAAUGUGAAGCCUACAGUUCAGAAAAACAGCAUUGCCCUUCUUAGUCCCUUUGCAAGGCGACUUGCAAAUGCUCUUCCGGAACCAUGGCAACUUCUUCGAUGCAAGGUCAACUAUGAGGUAUGAGGCUUGGGCUUGUACUGACUUGACAUGGUUCUGGAAACCUGGUGGUAACAUGCUUCUUGAAACAGAGUCUCAAGUUUGUGGAUUCCAUUCUUGUGCUGGGAAGAAAGGUCGUACGGAGGAUGAAGAAGAUGUCAUCCAACUUCGUGUCACUGCACUGGAGGUUCGAGACUGAUGCUGUUGCCUAUUCAAUGUGUGAAUUCGGAGGUGGUGAGAAGGAGAAGCUGGCUUUAGAGACACUGGGAUCGAGCAACAAGGAAGCUCCGUGAAUUUCUAAAUCCUGCUAGUCAGCGCGUACUUGGUCAGUGCCCAAUGAGUGCCAUUGAGACUGGCAUCUUCAUGCGGGCAAUGGGAAUUCGCAGAAAUGCAGUCAUAUACGUCUCUACACUAGAGGAGCAGCUUUUUGGUGGUAAUCACAGCCUCCUAUCCUUGCGUACCAUGUUUCCAAGUGCUCUGACUAAACGAGACGUUCUAACGAAGGAAGAACUUGGUCCACUGGCAAAAAGGGCGUCAGCACUUGCUGCUAUUGAUUACAUAGCAUGCACAGAAAGCAGUGUGUUUUUUCCAACUGCAACUGGGAACUUUCCCAAUUUUGUUAUCGGCCACAGGCUUUUCUAUGGUCGAAGGAGCAUCCAACCAGACUUGAAGAAGCUGUCAGCCGUGUAUUCAUGUCACCGCCACAUGUCCAGAGAGUGUAACUUGCUCGACCUGGUUAGGGCCGCUCAUGAGGAACACCUAAUUUACCAUGGAAGGUCUCCAUCAAGCAACUUCUUCGCGAAUCCAGAGGAGUGCCUAUGUGCGCACUGAAUCCUGAAAUAUUUAUUCUGUCAUCCACAAGUUUCAUUCGUGGCUUGAAUCGUG